AUGAUCCUAAAACUGUACACGACUUACAUGAGACCAAAGAUAGAAUUUGCACAGACCAUUUGGGAUCCAUACUUUGUUAAAGGCAUUGAACGGCUGGAAAAGGUAGAAGGGAGAGUCACCAAAAUACCACCAACCCUAGAAAAAAAUGAGUACAAGUGGACCAGCAGAUAUUACACCUGUGAUAACAUCUUCCAGGCCAGCACAUUAAGAACCUUGAGAGAUCACUUGAAGAAAUUAGAUAAAGAAAAGUGGAAUGGUCUCCCUCCAGAAACAUACAGUCUCAGCCUAGAACAUAAACCAGUUCUGGUGAGAGUGGAUAAAGAAUUCAAAGAAGGAAGAAAUAAUUUUAUUCAUUAUAGUUUUAUAGUAUAUUAA